AUGUCAGAAACAACACCACCGCCACUUCCAACACAGAGCAGCAACAGCAGGUCGCCAGAGAAGACCCCACUUACCAAGGACAGCGCCCUGGAGGUCACUCAGGUCCUCGAGAUGAUCUUCUCCAACCUCACCAGUCACCAGAUCCGACAGUCAUAUCUGGGUGUUGCACAGCGCUUGGUCAUCAGAGCUGAUCGUCGCGAGCCAGCUUCAGGAACACCGUUCGAGUGGAAGAGCAGUUUUUCGCCCGCCAGCUGGCAGGCUUUGCUGGGGGCCAUCACGGACACACCCUAUCUCCUCAACCUAUUGGACCUUCAAGUUUUAUGUCCGAUCGACUUUGCUUUGGAAGCCUUCGAGUUGCUGAGACAUAUCGGGAGCCUGUUGACGAAACUGAGGUUGGAGGUCUCACGACGCGAUUUCACGUUGCUGGACACCACUUUGAGCCUGUGCCCCAAGCUGGAGCAACUCACAGUGGAGUUUUCGUGCUCUGAGGAAGACUUUAUCGAAGAGCUGUACAGCAAACCAUGGAGCCCACCCGUUUCGCAGGCGAUCCCACUGGCACACCCGUCGCUCCGGUCGUUAACACUCAGACGCGUCGCGGUGGAUGAAGAGUCGUUGUUGAGCUUGGUUGAUAUGUGUCCCGAACUAGAGGAUCUAGUCUUGGAUCAGGUCUUUGUAGUAAUUGAUAACGAGGUCGAGAUGCGAGAUGUGCAAGCGACGAUCCUGCCCUUGUUCCCGGAGGCGACCGCGUGGGUUUUCCCAGCUACCUCGGUUUUGGAAGUUGCGGAGAUCUGUGGUUGGUCGAAUAGCUUCUUUGAUCUGCCUAGGGUGACUAUGCUGACCAGCUUGGAGAUUCUGGCCCCCGGAGUGAUGAUUCCUCUGGACUGCUUGGACAUGGAGGGAGUCUUGGGCAGUAAUGGAGCGUAUCGCAAGCCUGAUCCUACACCAUGGUCUUUGAUGCCGGAUGAUGUCCUGGGCAAUUCAAGAACUAUGAUUUUGGGAUGCCGAAACCUGCCGCAUGAGCUGUCGUCGCGUCAAUCGAACGAGUUGACGAAAAUUAUCGAUCAGAGCAUCGCUGAGGAGGUCUUCAAUCCGAUCUACAGACACUAUCCCCUCGAUUAUCAAGCACCCGCGGCUCCGGGCACCCCUUCUCUGCAACACACAAAUGUCGCGUUUGUUCGUGGACGAGAGGCCAAUGCCGGCGAUCAUGGCAGAGAUGGCUGGGGACACGGAACGGAUGCGAGCGUGUCGGCAGGGGUGGGCACUGUUCAGAACUAUGUGAUUGACGGGAUCGACAUGCGAUAUCUCGGUCAAUUGCAAGGUGUUGUGGAGGUCUGCAAGCAUCGGAUCUCGAGUGGAAACACGACUUGGUGGACCCGUAUGGAGUACCUGGAGAUUGCCAAAAAGGAGAGGCUCCCCGAUGUCUUUGUUGGCACUGCGGUGCGAGCACAACACCUGGUGUGCCAGAUGAGACCCGAUAUCGAGUUUAACGCCUUCUGGAGAUGA